AUGGCUCCUAAUCAGUCGGCACGACACCAAAAACGAUCUCGGGCCAGCGAUGCCGCAGAGAAAGUAUCGCGGCCAGGCGAGGAGCGAACCAAACGGCGCCGAACCUCCGAUGUGAUCGAUGUUCAGAGUCCAAAGAAAGCCAAGGCUUCCAGCAGCGCUGAAGCUACUAUUGAUGGCAACGCUCCGUCGCAGGAAUUGCAAGAGCGAAAGAGUUCCGCGCCAUGGUCAUUUUCACGCCCUGUGGGUGGCCGCUAUAGCAACCUGGACCCCGUGAUGACUACAGAUGAGGCAUAUCUCUUCAUGGGACUUGACACUUCAGUGCAAGUCUUUGCAACCGCUACCUCUCGCCUCCUCCGUACCCUGCAAAUGGAAGCCGGCCAGAAGGUGAUCGGGUUCCAAUUGUGCCCCAUCGAAUCCGAUAUACUCUACAUCUUUACUCCUGGCUUUGUGACCACGUGGGACUGGGAUUCUGGAAAGCGGAUCGCCCGCUGGGGUACUGAUGCUCCCACCGUGGCGGUUGAUGUGGCGGUCGUCGAGACGGAGCACCAACUCGCAUCAUACUCCAUCGUAUCCCAGAAGGACGGGAAGAGACAAAUCUUGAUCAACUCGUUGGGUGAGAAGAAGAUUGCCGGUAUCUCUGUGCUUGUGACCAGCGAGCCGAUCAACAGCAUCAGAGUUGCCUGCGGAGGCCGAGUUAUCGUCGCGUGCGAUGGAUCCCACCUUUUCCUCGGUACUACUUCAAAGAUUGACCUUGAUUCGCCCGAGUCGACUCAAUACAAGUGGCGCGAGGCUACCCUCCCAGCUCCUGCCACCUGCUUCCACAUGCGCGAAAAUUCCGAUGAAAGUUCGGAAUCCUCAGACCCAGCGAUUGACUUGGUAGUCGGGGAGACUGGCGGAUACAUCUUGAUUUAUCAAGACAUUCUCAGCACCCUAUUUGGCCGCUCUGCAGAGAAAAAAUCAUCACCUCGGAAGUUGCACUGGCACCGAGGUGCUGUCAGUUCUGUGCGAUGGUCCAGAGACGGCAAUUAUCUUAUCUCAGGCGGCCAGGAAUCGGUCCUGGUGCUGUGGCAGCUCGACACUGGACGCAAGCAGUUCCUCCCUCACCUUUCCUCACCUGUUUGCAAUAUUGUCGUAUCGCCUAACGGAAACUCAUAUGUGGUCAAACUGGCCGAUAACUCGGUCAUGGUCUUGUCUGCUCGUGAAUUGCAGCCGUCCGCCAAUGUGACUGGCCUGCAACUGAGCACUGAAAUCGCAAGCUACAAGGACACUUCUUCAGGGAGAGCUUUCGGUGCCGUUGCUACCUUGCACCCGCAGCACCCCGAACGAUUGCUGGUCACGGUUCCCGCUUCUUACCACAUCAGUCAACAGGGCCACCAAUGCCCAAGCUCUGCUGUUCUACAGACCUUUGACAUUCGCACCAAUUCUCACAUCUCUCGCCAGGCCCUCGCACGGACCAACGCAACAACCUUGGACAUUGGCCCAGAUGGAACUCCCAUUGUCGCUCCCGAUGUCCGCCAGAUGGACAUUGUGGAAGAUGGCAAAUGGUUGGCUACCGUCGAUUCAUGGGUACCAAAUUCUCAGGACGUAGAAGCUUUGACUCCCAGCACUUCGAAGAGCGACCUGGCUUCAUUGCGACCCGAGGUAUUCCUCAAGUUUUGGAAGUGGAACGCCUCCACUGAUAGUUGGGAAUUGGUGACGCGCAUUGAUGGACCUCACUUCAGUGAUUCCCGUCACUCUUCAGUCCUCGGCUUAGCGGCUCGUCCAUGCUCCCACGAGUUUGCCACGCUUGGAGCCGAUGCCUUCAUCCGCUUCUGGUGUCCUACCGCACGGCAUCGAAGCGGGCUGACUAACGAUGCAUCGAAACAGAACCUUGACACUUGGAAGUGCCGAAGCAUGGUUGACUUGAGUGCAUCGCUCGAUGGUGCCACCCGGGCUCUUGAGACAGCCUGCAUCAGCUUCUCCGAAGAUGGGUCUGUCCUUGCUGUUUGCUUGCCCCCUCAUUCCGGAUCAAAUGACGGUCUUGUGCUUCUGAUUGAUGCUAGAGACGGCACUGUGCACUAUCGCCGGACGGGUGUCUUCUUUGGCAAGCCCUUCUCCUCGAAGUUCCUAGGAAAAUACCUGAUUGUCGCUUCUUCUGGGUCUGUGGCUGUUUGGGAUACCGUUGACGAUGUCGUCAAGCCCAUCGAUCUCACCGAAUCCACCAGUUCUAAUGAUGCGAUCUUCCAACCGUUGAUUGCGGUCAACGCCCGAACUGGAACUCUUGCCACCGCCGUCCGCAGUGGUGGCAGCUCGAACAACCCGAAUAAGAAGCGGCGCAAGGCUCGGUACCACAUUCGAAUCUACGAUGUCCCAUCCUUUGAAUUAGUAUUCCAAGAAACUCUCGGCUGCAGCCCUCUGGCGCUCCUUUCAGACACAUACACCGGCGAUUACAUCAUCGUUGAUUCCCAUGCCAUUGUGCAGCGUCUUGGCUGCUUGGAAAAGGCAUCACAGAAGAGCACACAGCCGCAGGUGACGACCAGCCAGCUGAAUUCCGGCCUUGCGAGCAUCUUCAGCCAGGCUCAUGAGCGACCUGCUACGCAGCCCGCUAUUGAGGAUGACCAACCGGUUUCUCAAAAUAAGGCACUGGCUACUGUGUUUGGUGAUACGCCAUCCUUCUCUUUGCCUUCUAUCGGUGUUCUCUUCAGGAACGUUGUACAGACACUGGGUUCAAGCUAA